AUGGCGGCUGCGCGAAUUCAACGCUGGGCACUGUACCUCGGAGGCUACAAAUAAAUACAAGCUUCAGUAUGUUCCUGGGAAACAACUCCUGAACUCAGAUGCCCUCAGCAGACUACCACAGCAGACUACCACAGCAGACCACCGGAGACGGAGGUGAAGGUUCAACUGAGGGGAACCAUGACUGGACACUGCCGCCAGACAGCAGCGUGUACAUCCGCAAUUACGGACAGGGAGAGAAGUGGAUCCCUGGUCGUGUAAAAUCGUCGACCGGAGCACGAAUUGUAACCGUAGAGACUCCCACUGCCAUUGUCAAGCGCCACGUCGAUCAGGUGCGCCGCCGCUCGGAUUCAUCACCAAGGUUUCCAGACACUGAUACGACUGCUCGUGGUCCAGGGUCCAACCAGACGCCAGGUCCGAGCACGGCCACCAAUGCAACCACUUCAUUGGAAGCGGCCGCCCCAGUUAAUUCUCCAGAUACAGCCCAAAUGGCGGACGACAGCAUUCGACCUCGCACCCCUCCUCUCCCAACCACCUUGAGUCCGGCCAAAGCUUCGGAGCAAGUCCUGCGCCACUCAACGAGGCAGCGCAAGCCAGUGCAACGGUUCCAUUUUUGAGGAGAGGGCAGUGGUGUGUCUUCGUCAUGAUAGUUCUGCGCAUGCGCAGUAUUCUUGCGUUCCUUCUUUGCACUCCCACUUCCCUUCCCACUUCAGGGGAUAAAAGCUAUCGCACGCCCCUAAAUAAACGUCUUCUAUGUUCGAGCGGUCUGUGCCUCGUAACUGUUCGGGCCGCGUGCCGUGGAAAUGCAACACAGUCAGAAAGGCAUGACGGUGAAUUCAUAAAAGCCGUCAGGUGUGACAAAGGCAGUUUUCGGGCGAUCGGCCUCGGCCAUCGGAACGUGCCAGUAGCCUGACCGCAAAUACAGUGAAGAAAGGAUCUCCGCUCCCUGUAAACAGUCCAGAGCAUCUUCAAUCGUCGAAAGUCAACACAGAAGCGGAUGGAACAGUCUUUCUUUGUGACGAGUACCACGGGAGAGGCCAUGGGCUCUGUGAAGGUUGAAUGACGCCUUGACGGAGCAUGUCAUCGACCUGGUCUGCAAUGACGCGACGU